AACUAUAAUAAUAAAAUAGAAGAAGAAGUAGGUUUGGAAUUUAAAACAAAAUAAAUGUUUAAUUUUAAAAUAAUAUGGAUGAAGAAGUGAAAGAUAUUAUAAAAUGUCAUAGAAAUCCACUAACUAAAGUAGAUCUAAUUGGACCGAAGCUAUUUUCUAAAGAUUCCUCUUUACAAACUCGAAAUCUUAUUUCAAAAAAUUUGGAAAGUUUGGAAAAUGCUUUGAGAAAUAGAAAAGUUGAAAAAAGAUGUUCUAGAGCACAAGCUGAAUGGGACGAAUCAUUGAAUUUAGCAAAAGUAAAUAAAGUAGUGAAGGGUUUAUUAGAAAAUUUUGGAUAUCAGAAUAAACACGGAAUUUACAUGUAUCCAGAGGAGAUGCUAUAUUUAGUUGAAACCAAUCGAAUGGAAGUGUCUGUAAACAAAGUUCCUUUAACGGUACAAGAAUGUUUCAAUAUAGUUUUAAAUUCGCCAGAAAUGCAAUUAAUAAAAUAUAGAGUGUACAAAAAAUUGAUUCAUCUAGGAUAUAAAGUAUUUAGAUACAGUGAAUUUGUUAGAAAAUUUGAAAAAAUUGAAAAUAAAGAAACAAUUACGCAAAAAUGCGGAUUUAUCACUAAUAAUGAACAACAAAAACGUCAAUUUCACGAUCCCAAAGAGGAAACAAACCAUAAAAAAGUUUGUGUAGACCAUGAUAGACCUGACGCGAUUACACUUAAAAAUAAAUGUAUCGAAAAUAUGUAUGGAAGGCUAAAACAAAUCGCCCCUCAAAAAUAUGUGCCAGGCAAUAAAACUGGUAUAGAUCCAGAUUACUGCGUUUUUCAAUCGAAAAAUCCUAGUAAAACAGAUUUGUAUUUCAAUGUGUACAUUUGUGAAACCAAUAUACUCGAUCACGUGGAAUAUUUUUCAAAACAUCCAAGUUUAUAUGUUAUAUGCAGUGGAGAUAACAUUUCUCUUUAUAAAAUGGGAGUAGUAAACAUACCUACCAUACAAUUGAAUUUGGACGACUAAAAUGAAAUAUUUUCGCUUUUGUAUCGUAAAAUGGGGAGAAAAUAAAUAAAUAUUUUGAAAAC